AUGCACAUAUGCUUAGAGAGAUGUCCUUCAAGUACAUUGGCCGCGAUCCGGUAGAUAAAUAAGAAGUGCAUAGAAGCAGCUACUUUAAAACGAAAAUAAUUUUUGCCCCUAUUUCUAAGUAAAAAUCAUUCCCACAUGAGAAUCAUGGUUUUAAUUCUUCUAUCCUUUAUUUUUGCCACCAACUUUGGCGGAGGAGGACUCUCGGGUAUCAAAUCGUACGCACGCAUUUUAUAAAUUUUUCGAUUAUCCAUUAUUGAACAUGAAGACGUGAAUAUUUACCAUCGCCCGGUAUUUUGCUUCUGGUGCUACUCGUGCCGACGUUGUCUUUAUGAUUGUAAUAUUAUUACUCUAACUAAACCAAUAACAGCGAUCUAGCACUUCUAUGAACCUGCUCUCCUGCUCCGUGCUUACGACUACGUUAUUUCUGUCUAUUCUUGCUGCUCCCGCCGCGGCUGCAUUGGCUCAUCUUGCAAGAUGGCAGCCAACCUACGGAGGCCCAUGUGGCCGGUGACGCCAUCUGGCGGUGUCUCUUAUAGACAUAGCCCGUAAACGACACCAGCGGCAACCACAACAACAACAAUAACGACAAUACCACUCGCUGUAUUAGCAGCAGCAGCAGCAGCAACAGCAGCCGUGGCGCCGGCGGCGCUAACAUCCUUAGCGGCCGUAGCGCUGAUGUGAUCGUAAGCUGUCGCUGCUGUUAUUACUUUUAUACCGUUUCCGUAGUGCAGCAGAAAACAGAAGAAAAAUAGAAAAGUACGAACGAACGUUCUCUGGGUACCGUCAACUUACUGAGACGCUCUACCACAAGAACUGUGUUUGUCUGUCUUGACGGCUAGCUCUGGUUCGACCGUAAGCGCUCGUGGCACCGCUGCCGCUUCUGCUGUUCAAGCUACUGGCUGUGGAACUCUCCUGGUGUAGUAGUCCACUGUAUACGGAGUAUCUGGUAUCUGGGUUCUCGAUGAACUUGAUGAACUUACUAUUUGAUGUUUGGCCCGAUGGUCCUUACUGGCGGCCUUCGCAGCAUCCUUUUUACGUUGGACGCAGGGAGCGUCGAUGAUAUCGAUACUGGAGCCGUCUAUAACAGAGGAAGUAGCAAAUACUAAUAUACGAUUUUGAAGUACAUAUAUGUGCAUACAUAACGUUGUUUCGAUUUGGGAGCUUUGCUCGUACUGGUGCUCGUGUAGUUAAAUGGAUGCUACUGCCUUGUAGCGGUCAAGGUGGUGUUUAUUUGAGCUGGUGAUCAUGAGUAUGAUGCUAAUACUUUUAUUGCCGCCGAGCGUAUAGCAACAAGAAGGAGGCUUGAUCGAGGCCGGCCUAAAGAAUUCUGAUUAGUGGAAGUGGUGAUUACUGUGGCGGCGCUGGUCAGAUAUAGUCAAGUAGAGCUGGUGGUACAGCUUACGAGCCUGGAACAACAGCAGAACGACGAAGCGUCGGUCUGGAAGGAAUCUGACUCUCUGCUCACGAAACUCUAGAAAAAGAAAGGUGUCUGCCGUCGGAACAACGGCAGACGAAACGGACAUCAUUACUGAUAGUGACUCGUUUCGCCUAGCGGUUAAUAGUCACGGUGAUGCUACCAUUUGCAGUACAGUGAGAGAGACCGGUUUUGCUACGUUGACAGUACGAAACCAGCAGAUCUUAUUGAGCAUAUGCACUCGGUAUUGUGCAACUGAAGUCCUCCGAAUACUAGCACAGGGGAGGCAACGCGGUUAUUUCUGGAUAAGUGAAUUCCUUUGUUGGGUUAGCGUGUCCAGUAUUUAGUGUUUUCCUGUGCAUGCUAGCUGACCGCUUGCCUCGUAGCCAAUUACGUGAAAGUUACCUGAUAUAUCGAAAGUGAGCGAACGAGACAGAUAAGAAGUUACCAAGAGAAAGGCGAUGGAUAGAUGUUGAAGAGAUCAAACUCAAGAUCGAACAUCGUGUUUGUGAGCCCUAUGGUGCUGUACAGCAAAAGGCAAGUUGAAAAAGCAAAAAAAAAGGUUACCAAAAAAUAUUGGGUCUCCGUUUUAUGCCAGCGAAGUCGGUAUCACUGCUAUGACAGCAGCUGUGAACGCCAGCAUUGCAGCAGCGAUUGAUGGAAACUGCAACUCCGCUGGCUGCUGACAUCGUCAAACAUACUGUCACAACUCCGUAGACAGACAUCGGUUCAUCUCGACGAGACUUUCUGAGCAAAAAUCAACUAUAAUAGCUCGUAAGCAUAGUCAUAGCGAACUGACGGUUAUUAAAAGGCUCUUGUGUGUUGAGUAAUCAAUGCGCCAUCCUGUCCAUGUGGAGGCAUCGCCGAAAGUUCAACAGGCGACAGCAUUAACGGCCGGAAUGUACUGUUCUACUUGAGAUUACACUAUAAAUCGACUGACGUUCUUUCGUAGCCGCUACAUUUUAUACCAGGAUUACGGCUGCUGCAGCCAUGUGUGAUGAGUAAAAAUAUUUCGUUUCAGUGGGACUAGUGACCGGAGGCGACGUAAAUCUUUGCUUGUUCCUUCUUUGUCGACGUGUCAACCUGUUAUUUUGCAUCUGUCACUUAAAUUCGUUACCAAGAACGAACGUUUUGUUCAGUCACAGUUGAGGCAUUUAUCAGCAUCCUUUUUCUAGCCAUCAUCAUCAUUGACAAAAAACGAUAUCACGAUGGAUCCAUCGCCCUUUGGCAAACAACACCAGGAGACGGCACAUCCGCUCUAUGAGAACCUUGACUCCGGUAUGGCCAACCUUUCGGUAGAGUCCGAAUAUGAUGUAGCUUCUUGUGACUAUGGAGUUUUAUAUGUAAACGGUGGACCACCAAUUCCGCCGCGAAGACCCAACGCUUUCCGGUCGUCCACUCCCAAUGGCAGCCUAAGUUCCGGAUCUUUAAGACAGUCAGGUUCAUCAUCGGGCGGAGGCAUACCAGAUAUUCCUGUGCUAGCAACACCCAUCAAUGAUCCAGCAAACUCAAUCGUUAUGUCGCUUUCCUCCAUGUUAUGCCAUCGCUGUGGGGAAGGCUUCGAGCCGCACGAAAAAAUCGUCAACUCGCACAGGGAGACCUGGCAUCAGACGUGCUUCGUCUGCUCGCACUGUUUUCGGCCGUUCCCUGACGGCGUUUUCUAUGAGUUCGAGGGCCGAAAAUACUGUGAACACGAUUUCCACGUGUUGUAUGCGCCGUCCUGUGGAAAAUGCAACGAAUUCAUCAUCGGUCGGGUGAUCAAAGCUAUGAACAAAAGCUGGCAUCCGGCUUGCUUUUGUUGCGAAAUCUGCAGUAGCUGCCUUGCUGAUAGUGGCUUUAUCAAGAACGCAAACCGGGCACUCUGUCAUGAAUGCAAUGCUCGGGAAAAGGCGGCCGCUAUCGGAAAGCAUAUCUGCUACAAAUGCCAUGGAAUUAUCGACGACAAGCCAUUGAAGUGGCGCAACGAACCUUACCACGCAUACCAUUUCAACUGUACGACCUGCAGCGUUGAGUUGACAUCUGAAGCGCGCGAGGUUAAGGGCGACCUGUAUUGCCUCCGAUGCCAUGAUAAGAUGGGCAUUCCAAUUUGUGGAGCCUGCCGUAGGCCCAUCGAGGAGCGGGUUGUAACGGCGCUGGGAAAACACUGGCAUGUAGAGCAUUUCGUUUGCGCUAAAUGCGAGAAGCCAUUCAUGGGCCAUAAACACUACGAAAAAAAGGGCUUGGCUUACUGCGAGACACACUAUCAUCAGCUGUUCGGAAAUCUCUGCUACACUUGCAACAAGGUGAUCGAAGGUGAUGUAUUUACUGCAUUAAACAAGGCAUGGUGUGCCAAUCACUUCACAUGCUCUUUGUGCAACGAAAAGAUGAAUCAAAAGACCAAGUUCUACGAGCUGGACUUGAAACCCGUGUGCAAACGAUGUUACGAAAAAUACCCCUCAGAGCUUCGUAAGAGAAUACAGAAACUGCACAAAAUUCCGCCCAAAAAACAGCAGACCACGUAGACGGACAAACCGGUGAAGUUUUCAUCAAGCAGCGCUAACCUAUUCGCUGUGCUUGUAACCCGCAGGAGGUUUUCUGGUCAUCUUUUUGUAUAUGCCCAGAAAAAUUCUGCACAGUUCUACACCAAUGAUCCACCACGAAUGACGACAUCUAGUUGUUUAGGAAUGUAUAGACAGGCGAUAAGAAACCGAAAUGGGGACGAUAGGUAUGCGCGUACGAAACAAUACAUUUACUCAAACAAGAACAUGAUUACAAAAACGUUCAAAAUUAACAGUUCGUAUCAAACGCGACCUUUGGAAAAGUUUACUUAAAAAACCGAGAAUGCGACAAUAGCGAAAAUCACGCCUUUAUGCAUACGCCUAGCAGCUUAAAAUAGACGCACUUGCAUGUAUUUGAUCCUUACAACGUUUAUGGGUGAAGUUACUUCGUGAAAGGCUAUCCAAAAGCUGGCGUGGCAUGUACCCAAUUGUCAAAUCCACGGCUUUGUACGCAUUAAGUCCCCCAUCGGUGUCUGUGUGUGGGUGCUAAGAAGACAAAGCUAAGCUUUAUGCCUUUGACCUCGACCAUUGGUUAGAUGGCCAGGCCGAGUAAAUUAAAACCAACUUUAACUGUAAAUAACAUUGAUCUAUUAAUAUCGUUAUAUAAAUGUAUUAACAAGCAAAUCUGAAGGCGCAAGGAGACAUCUGCGUUUAAUUCGUUCGUCCAAAAACGUGUAAUUCACGUGACCCGUAGCAUAUAUACAUUUACGUUUUCUAUGAACGCUAUUUUUUAUUGGGCAGCGAUUACCAUGGCGGCUAUUAUACAGUGGACUUUCAUUUUGUUAUGAGAGUGUGCUUCUGACAGAAAUGCGCAAGGUGCUAGUACAUUACCUUAAGUAGCCUUAAAAUUUUGCUAAUGGGCAGCUAUCGGACCCGAACUAGCGAAGAAAAAAUGAAAAUCGUAAUUAUAUGCGCGAGUUGUUCAUUCUGCCAUUGCAGACGACUUCAAUCAGUACCUACAUUAUAUUUACGCGCCCAUUUUCAAUGACAUGAUGAAAUAGAGAUUACAAAAUAUAGGCAUUUAUAUAUGGUAAUAGUAUCUUUGUAUGUGGGCUUUUUUGCCGGCUAACUGGUGGCGAAAAACUCGAUGAUGCUCGCAUUUCCUGUAUGUCCGAUUGUUUGUGACCUUGAUUAAUUCGAUUGAAUUUUAGGAAAAAGCUCCGGAGAUGAUUUUUUGGAAUCUUUUUUCAAAGCAGUUUAAAGCGAUAUUACGUACGUAUAUUCACAAAGAAAUUUUUUUGUGUAACAUGUAUAUCUUAAUUCGAAAUGAAUACGACAACGUAGA